GACGGGGGCCUGGCGCCUCGCGACUCUUGUUUCUGACCACGACGUGCAUUGUUCGCGCUUUCCAUCCUUGCUUCUCUAUCCUUCCUCUUGCAUCCACCUUUUACUUCUCGUUGUGUCCCUUCACUAUGGCAACUCGACGUGUGUUCGAAAUUACCACGCCCAUGGGCAUCAAAGUCUACUUCGUCACGGAGGUCUCGGGUACGCUCAAGAUACAGCCGCGCUCGCGGGUCGCUGGCGAUGAAGCUCUGGAGCCGAUAAGUAUGAACGUUGAUGUUCAUGGCAACGGGACAAGAAAUUGCACCCACGAGGCUCAAGUCACGGUAGAAGCGGAACCCCCAGUGGUCGAUGAGGAAGACGAGGUGGAACUGCCCGAGUCCCAGACACCUGAGGCGCCGCAGGACGGGGUCCCCUACCGUACCUUUCGUGGCGUCUUCUGUGAUCCCCCAGCCCCGAUAGCGCGAAAUAGCAUCCACCAAGCUGAAGGGACGUCUUCCACGCGCCCGACGCGCCCGACGCGUCCGACGACUCGACACAAACAAAACGACGAGAACGCACCGCCGACGCGCCCGACCCCAGAGGACCAACCGCCAUCGGAAAAGCCGGACGACGCGCCCAGCACCUGUUCCGAAGACGAAGUCGAGUUGAGCCUUCGGACCUUCGAUGGCCUCGACGAUGACGAAGAAGAAGAAAACGAGUUCGUGGGCUACCAGGAUGAGCGCGCCAAGGACUUUUGCGAGGGCAUCUCGCCCGGCUAUGCGAAGUAUCUCAACAAUCGGUUCUUCCCGAGUCCUGUCAGGAAUGGAGAGGAAGCUGCUGGGCCAUCGCACCUUCCCGAAGGUGGAGUCCGCAAGCUGAAGGGGUUGCCGAUCCAUCCGAGUCCGCUGGCGGGCCACUGGACGACGAACGAGGCCGCGGACACUGGCAUGUCGAUGGACAUGGACGAGAAUCCAUUCAUCGAUGGGCCUCCGCGCGAGGACGACAAUGUCAUGGACGACGGGAUCGCGGGCGGUCUGUCGACCAUCUACGAGGAGGACGAGGGUCAGACCACGCACGACAAGGCGUCCUCCGCCGAAGAGCCAAUGGGAUCGCCUGCCGAAGAGGUCACCCCCGCCGAGGACGCUCCGCCUCAGGACGCCAACGACUCUGCCUACGUGCCCCGCGCCGCCAUCACCUCCUCCGAUUUUGAAUACGGCGUCAGCAUGUUCUACGAUUUCGAACGCAGUACCAAUUCCUUCGACCUCCCGCGCGAGCUACCUGGUGAAGACGUUUUUGUCUUCGGUAAUCGCCAGGAAUACUGCGCCCUGAUCGAGCAGAAUAAUCGCCGACUAGAGGCGCGCGAGGCGGAGGAGGCUCGUCAGCGAGAGGUUGCCAGGCAGGCACGCGAGGCGGAGGCUCGCGCCGCGGAGGCCCGCCAGCAAGCCCGCGAGGCCGAGGCUCGCAGGCAAACGCUCGAGGCUGAGGCGAGGCGUAAGGAGGCGAAGCGCAAGGAGGCGGUCGCGCAGGCGAAUAUCGCGUGGGCCAGCGCGAAUGAGCCCAAAGCGAAGGCCACCGUGAAUGCGCCCGCCACGAAGGCUCCUGUGGGUGCACCCGCCACCAAGGCUCCCGCGGAUGCGAAGGCCAAUCGCGCGGUGGGGGCGAUGGAGUCGACGAUGUUCCCGAUUCUCGACGGACCCCUCGACUUCGCAGGCGCGAUCGAGUCGUCGACGCCACCGCCCAGUCCGGGUGAGGCUACGCAGCCUGCUCGUGCCCAUGGGCCUGCGCAGUCUGUCCGUGCUAAUGGGCCUGCGCAGCCUGCUCGUGCCAAUGGGCCCCGUGGGCCGCCCCGGGUGCCCUUUGGGUUGAAGUUCGAUGCGCGAAGCGAGACCGGCCACUGAGCAUCCGCCGGAGUAUGCUCUGAGUGUGUGUUGCGUACUAGUGGGUUGCAUCGGCCCUCUUAACGUAUAGCGACCAAGAAGCAGGCCAUCCCGCAACAGAGCGUCGGCGUCGCCAGCACCAGAACAAUAUAGCAGGUCGGGCCUGGUAUGAAGGUGGAGGUUCCACCACCACCACCAACAUCCAGUGUUCGGUCUUUCCUACACUGUAGCAUAUCCUAACUUAUUCUUACCCCUCUCGAAGAUCGAUUCUUCGCCCCAUAUCCCCACACCCCUAAUUGUGCAUAGCUGUAUCCAUAUCGUAUC